AUGUCUACUACAAAGACCAAAUUCGUUUUCAUAACUAACAAUGUGUCAGCUGCAACCCCAGAUUACACUAUUGCCAACGGCGAUGUUGUAUCUAAAUACAAAACUGCCGGUGAGAUUGCACGCAGAGUACUUUCAGAAGUAAUAAAGCAAGUUAUCGAGGGUAGCUCAACAUUCGAAAUCUCUAAGAAGGGGGACGAGCUUCUUGAAGAGGAAUUGUCAAAAGUUUACAAUUCCAAAAAAACCUCAAAAAUUUCAAAAGGCAUUAGUUUCCCUACUUGUGUUAAUCCUAAUAACAUUCCUGCUCACUUGGCUCCUAUAAGCGAAGAUGAUGAUUCUAACAUUGUACUUAAAAAAGGCGAUGUUGUAAAUGUUAUGUUGGGUGCGCAUAUUGAUGGCUAUCCUUCUGUUGUAGCAGAAACUGUGGUGGUGGGAGCAAGUGAAGCAGAACCUGUUACCGGGAAGAAGGCAGAUCUUUUAUAUGCAGCUUGGAAUGCUUCUGAAGCGGCAAUUCGUACUUUUAGACCAAACAAUAAAAAUUGGGAUGUUACCAAUAUUAUACAAAAAGUAGCCAAAUACUAUGACACUACUCCUGUCGAGAGUAUGCUUAGUCAUAAUCAAGAGAAAAAUGUCCUCUAUGGGCCCAAGGAGAUUAUUUUAAAUCCAGCAAAGGAAAACAAGAGUCAAAUGGAUACCUAUAAAUUCGAAGAAAAUGAGGUUUAUGGUUUAGAUGUCCUUAUUUCAACGUCAUCUGAUGGUAAGGUAAAACGCUCCGAUUAUCGUACAUCGUUAUACAAAUUGACUGGUAACUCUUAUGCGCUUAAAAUGAAAUUAUCUCAUCAAGUUUUGGGUGAAUUCAAAAAGAAGUGUUCUGGGCCGUUCCCUUAUAACGUUAGAAAUUUUGAAGAUCCUCGGAAAGCUAGAGCAGGUUUAAUUGAAUGUUCAAAUCAUAACGUUAUAUUACCAUACGAUAUAGUCACGGAAAAAGAAGGCGAAUAUAUUGCCCAAUUUUUUACAACUUUUGGAGUGACCAAAAAUGGGAUCGUUAAGUAUACCUCUCCAAGCUUCGAUCAAAAACUCUAUAAGACUGAGAAGAAAAUUGAGGAUGAAGAUAUUGCUCAGCUAAUUUCCAGUCCUUUGAAAGUAGCUUCCAAGAAAAAGAAUAAGAAGAGUUCUGCAACAGCAUCUCAGACUGCCUGA